CUCCCACUCUGCAUUGCCUCCUGCGGCCAGAGAGAAUCAUGACUACUUACUCCAGCCGCAGCCAGUCCUUCUCUGGAGGGAUCCAGGGUUCCCGAGGGGGGAGCCUGCGUAGCCUAGGCAGGUCUCCGACAGCAUCGAGCAUCUAUGGGGGCACCCCAGCAAAGAACGGCCUGGCCUGGCGCUACGGGCAGGCCGGUGUGGAGGCGAACAUCUUUGACAUGAAUGAAAAGGGCACCAUGCAGAAUCUGAACGACCGGCUGGCUGCCUAUUUGGAAAGGGUGAGUAGCUGGAGUUUCCUUCCAGGGAAGUUGGGUGCUGAGAACUGGCCUCAAGAUACAUGGGUGGUACAAAUGUCCCUCUGUCUACCUCAGGCUUCGCUUUCGGAAGGCAGAAGAAACAGGGGCAGGGCUUGAUUUCUAAACCCUGUUGCUCCGUCUGUGUUGGCAGCUGUGCCACAGGACCGACCCUGCCAUUGGCAGAGUGAGACAUGUGCCUCGGGCGGCUGACAUUAGGUGCACGAAAGGGCAGGGAAUUGCUACUUAUUUUAUUUAGAUCAUUACAGCUUCACACCCAGGGAGAAGAGCUCUUGUGGUGCUAAAACAACUUGGCCACUUUGCACCUUGUCUUAAGCAUCAUUUGCUGUUCUGCCUCAGGCAAUAAAACAGCUUGGCUUGGGCUGGAUCUGCUUCGCCAUCUUCCCUGGAAGAAAACCCCAAAUUCACACACUCAGCAUUCAGCAACCGUUUCAGAAAUGUCAAAUGUUUGCAAAUGCAGUCUGUUCAACACUAUGAGAUACUUCAAUAAAUAACGGGGGGGGGGGGAUUUUUUUGCCAAAUGGAAUUGCUUUAUAACAAGUUUAGGCUCCCUACCAUUCUCGAAAUCCAACAUCAUGCAUAGCUGGGAAACUUGGGAAAAUAGGACUUACUCAGUUAGAAAGGCCAAGGACUGAACUUUUAGUGCAAAAUGUUAUUCCUUUAUUGAGAUCAGUACAUUGUUGGAAGUACUUUUGGGGUUCCAUCUAUCAUCUAUCAAUUUUUAAAUUUGUAUAUUGUCAUAUACCUCCAGUUCUCAGAGCAGUUACAACAUAAAUGGCUUGAUUUCUGUGUUAGCUUGUACUUGAUUUGGGGGUAGGAUUUCCUGGACCCAGUGCAUUCCACGUGGAUCCACCCCCCCCCCAGACAACUGGCAAGAGCUGCUGCUAAAUGUGCAUAUAUUAGCUUAGAUUAGCCUACCUUACAAGGCUGUUGUUAUUUGUACAGUGGUACCUCGGGUUAAGAACUUAAUUCGUUCUGGAGGUCCGUUCUUAACCUGAAACUGUUCUUAACCUGAGGUACCACUUUAGCUAAUGGGGUCUCCCGCUGCUGCUGCACGAUUUCUGUUCUCAUCCUGAGGUAAAGUUCUUAACCUGAGGUACUAUUUCUGGGUUAGUGGAGUCUGUAACCUGAAGCGUCUGUAACCCGAGGUACCACUGUACUUAUUUGAUUUCUUACCCACCCUUCACUGUAAUGUCUCAGGGCAGGUUGCAGCAAUAUGAAAUAAUAAUUAUUAAAAGCAAUUUAACAACAAAUCACAGGAGUAGCAGGAUCCUAUUGCAAAGAUAAAAGUGGAAGGAGGGGGAGGAUUACGUACACAGUGUUGAGUUCCUGUGUAGAAAAGCAAAAUGCAAGUAUGUAAUGUCAUUCACAGCAGCCCCCUUGCUUUAAUUGCAAUGUUUCGUAGUCCUGACAUGUAAAGGAAUAUAUACAUAAGGCUUCUAACCCUGAUAAAUCGCAACAUGCAAAAAAAUAAAUAAAAUAAAAUAAAAAAUACUCUGAAUAUGUGCAGUUUCAAACUUUGGCGUCUGAAUUAUCGACUCUCAGCCUAGCCUACCUCACAAGGCUGUUGUGAAGCCUUCAGCUCCCGGGAGUGAAAUCAAUAUCCAAAUAUAGAACAGGAAGCAAGAUAUACAUGCGAUUUCACAACUCUCCGCGAAUCACAUACACAAACCAUUUAGUCAUCCUUGACCAACAAAAAAGGAUCCUUGUGCUAAAGUACAGCCCGCAGAGAUUUUAAUUUUCUGCAGCUGUAAGGUGUUUGAUGAUUCAUUUUAUCUUUUUUCUUAUGGUUACUGCAUAUUAAUUAAUAACAGCCCAGUCAUGACAAGCAGGCCACUAGUGGCUGGGUGGCGGACAUUGCAUUAGUGACAUGUUUUCUAAGUAGGGAGGAAGCACCUGGCCAUUAUUUCAAGAGAAUUACUUCUGAGGAAAGCAAACCAAAGCCAGCCAGUUCUGUUUUACUCUGUAGAGGCAGUACAUUUUAUGAGUGAACAAAAUAUUAUGGAAAAGGAGGAACGUGAUUAAGCACAGACAUUCCCAGCGUCUUCCUCUGUCCAGCAUUUGCCCAGCUGCAGUAGCUUCUGCUAGUUUUUCUGUUGCUCUGGGUGGGUCCCUCCUGAGUCCCAGGUGGGGAUGGUCUGCAUCUCUUGCUCUAAUAGCUUAGCAACCACUGUUAAGUGUCCUUACUGACGCUGAAGCCUUAGUGCUGCCUCCGCAUUUUGGGCUCUAACUUUCUUCAGAAAUCUCCAACUGACUUACUUUUUUUUUUAAAAAAAAAAUGAAAGUUAAGAAUCUGGGUUCCCUGUUGACUCAGGGCUUGGUCCAUGUGUACCUUCUGUAACACAUGGGUCAUGUCCCUGGGUCAGAUGUUGUGCAUAACCCUCCACGACAUUCACAAUUCAUUCCGUGCUACUAUUCUCCAUGACCGUCACUUACGGAUCUUUUUAAAAAGGCAAGGAUCUAUACCUUAUCAUCAUUCCCUCUAAUAUCAAACUUAGGUGGGUCCUGUGCCGAUCAGCUUGGAAGCAAAACGAGACCAUUAAAAAAGCAAGGCGGUUGUUGUUGUUAUGCUCCCUUGGAAGGGUUCCUUAGGUUUGUGGAAGUAUGUUUGUUAACUGAGUGAAAUAGUUAAAAGCAACAGCCCAGAAACAACCGGGCAAGGACUUGUGCUCAUUAGAUUCCUGGACCUACAGAAAGUUGAGAGUGUCAGCUGAGAAAAGGAAGAUAAAGAAGAAAUUUCUCUGUUUACACCCCAAAGCUACUGCAAGCUGCAGUGGUACCUCAGGUUAAGUACUUAAUUCGUUCUGGAGGUCCGUACUUAACCUGAAACUGUUCUUAACCUGAAGCACCACUUUAGUUAAUGGGGACUCCCGCUGCUGCUGCCCCGCCGGAGCACAAUUUGUGUUCUCAUCCUGAAGCAAAGUUCUUAACCUGAAGCACUAUUUCUGGGUUAGCAGAGUCUGUAACCUGAAGCGUAUGUAACCUGAAGCAUAUGUAACCCGAGGUACCACUGUACUCUCUAGUGAGUAGACUGAAAAGUCAAAACAGGUUACAGGAGAGCACAGCUGUCCUUGGUGGGGUUCAGCAACCCCUUUAUUCUGAUGUCCUCACCACCCUGUUUGAUUUCCUCUGCCAUAUGCUAGGUGCGCUCCCUUGAGGAAUCUAACAGUCAGCUGGAGAACAACAUCCGGGAGAUAUACCUCAAGCGAGCGUCAACGGAGGCUCCGGAUCUGAGCAGCUAUUUCAACACCAUCACUGACCUGAAGUCUAAGGUACCAGGAUGAUUGCCAAUUCUUCUUCUUCCAAAGGGAUAUAGCUUAGUGGCAAGAGCAUUUUGCAUGGAGGAGUUCCCAAAUUCAAGCCCUGGCAUCUCCAGGGAUGUGCAAGAUUUUCAGUUGCAAAACAAAACCAUUUUGCCUACUGAUGGGCUCAUUCUUGCACUAACAGAAGCCUGUCCUCUGGGUGGUGGAAACUGGGCCUUUUUUAUACCUCCAACACUGGACUCGUGCAUGGUCAGUAUCCAGGCUUGGUUCUCUGGUGGCCUGAAGAUCCCCAUACCGAGAUCUAGGAUAGCAUUAUGGAGACUAACCAACCUCUUUCAUCCCUCUGCAGAUCCAGCAGGAGACCUUGAACAACGCUGGGCUGCUCUUACAGAUCGAUAAUGCCAAACUUGCUGCUGAUGAUUUCAGAGUGAAGUAAGGACUCUUCAUUCUAGCUGCCUCUUUCUGUCCAUCAUGCAUAUACAGUAACAGCCAAGGCAACACAAUGACCAAAUACAAUGAUACGAUAUCAAUAUACACUCUUUAUAUAAUAUGAAAUAUAUGAAAUCACAUAAACAGAAAACUUAUGAAUUAUCUGAAAGUCACAGAAUAUGCACUCUUAAUGGAUUCUCUUGAAAACAUAAAACCAAAUAAACGUCUUAUAAGUCUCUGAAAGUCUUUGAAGACUAUGCAAGUCUCUGAAAGAAGCAAUGUAAUAUAACUUUAUGACCACUGCUCCAUAGCAAUUGUUGUUAUACUUUUCCAUUCACCAUAUACAGUGGUACCUCGGGUUAAGUACUUAAUUCGUUCAGGAGCAGGAGGUCUGUGCUUAACCUGAAACUGUUCUUAACCUGAAGCACCACUUUAGCUAAUGGGGCCUCCUGCUGCUGCCGCGCCGCCGGAGCACAAUUUCUGUUCUCAUCCUGAAGCAAAGUUCUUAACCUGAAGCACUAUUUCUGGGUUAGCUGAGUCUGUAACCUGAAGCGUAUGUAACCUGAAGCGUAUGUAACCUGAGGUACCACUGUAGAUGGGUUUCUGAAGCAUUUUUGUAUCCUUCUGCUGUGCUGAAGAAGAAUUCCACCAAACAGUGGGUAUAUCCGGGAUCACUGUUCACAACGUCUGUUUGCGAACUACUUCGGCAGUGUUGGAUGCCAUAAACAAAGCUUUUCAGCCUGUUUUCACCAGAUAAGAAUAUGUUACAUUGCUUCUUUCAGAGACUUGCAUAGUCUUAAAAAACAUUCAGAGACUUAUAAGACUUAAUUUGGUUUUAUGUUUUCAAGAGAAUCCAUUAAGAGUGCAUAUUUUGUGGAUUUCCCCAGCCACUCUGGGCAGCUUCCAACAAAAUAUUAAAAAGACAACACAACCAGAACCUCAAGCAUUGUCCCAGCACACCCUCAGUUAUGUGGUUUUGCAGAGCCUCGGCUUCGAAAAAUGCUGCACAGACCCUAUUUGCCCAUUUCAGGUUGGAAACAGAGGCGGCCAUACGGCAGUCCGUGGAGGGGGACUUCGGUGGGCUGCGCAAGGCCCUGGAGGAACUCAACACCAGCCGGGCUACCUUGCAGGUGCAAGUGGACAACCUCCAAGAGGAACUGGCCUACCUCAAGAGGAACCACAAGGAGGUGAGAGUUGGGUGGGCGUAGGGACUCAGGAACAGCAGGGCCUUCACACAAGUGGCGGGAAGCUUUUUCAACUAUUCUGAGAGCCGCAUGCCAGCGGUGGUUGAAGCCAGAGGCAGCAGCGGAGAAAGCAAUGGACGCAGAUUUCACCUUUGCUCCCACCGAGUCUCUGCCCUUAUUUAUUUAUUUAUUUAUUUAUUUAUUUUCUAUACCACUAUAUAUUUUAAAGAAAAAUCUCAAAGCGGUUUACAGCAUAUUAAAAGAUCAAUAAAACAACCCAAAGAAAGCCAACUAUAGAGUAUACAGUCAAAACAACAUAAUUAACAGAAGACUAAAAUAUUACCUUAAAGAUUUCAAAAUAAAACAUUACAAAGGAGGUCAACUACAGAGUACAUAUUUAACACAAACAAAGUUAACACAAAAAACUUAAACAUUUCAAAAAACACACGACGACACUGCUAAGUGAAGUCAAAUAUAAACUGCACGUUUAAAACAGCAUAAUUAACAAGAGAAUAAAAUUUUAUCAUAAGCAUGACACGGCUGUUAGGCAGGCACAAAAAGAUGGGGUAAAAGAGUCCAUUAGUUAGGCUUUGUUGUCAGGCAUAACGAUGUCCCUCCAAUCUCAUCUGGAGCCUCUUUGGUAGAGCUGGUGAGUGUGGGCCUCACCCCCUAGGCCAGGUGGAAAGGGCCUUGCAGGGAGCAGCCUUCAAGACUCACAGCCCUUCCUGGCUUUUGGCCGAUUCCCCACGGAUGUGCCUACUCGCCUCUCUUCUCGCCCCACAGGAGGUGACCUCUCUCCAGGGGAGGCUGGGGGGCACCGUCAACGUGGAAGUGGACUCCAUGCCUGGCGCUGACCUGCAGAAAGUGCUGGCUGAGAUCCGAGACCAGUAUGAGGACGUCACGGAGAAGAACCGCCGGGAAGCCGAGGCGUUGCACAAGUCACAGGUUAGGCAAGGCUCGGCGAGGAGAGAUGGACAAACGGCUCAGGGGCAAAAGGUGGCGGAGGUGGCGGCUUGCUGAUGGGAUGCAUUUGCACGUAAAUAUUCAGCCUAUGCCAAACUGGUGCCCUCUGGAUGUUGCUGAGCAACAGCCCCUAUCAUCCAUGACUAUUGGCCAAGGAAGGCAUAGGUUUAACAUCCUUUUUAAGGAAGUGUUGGGACAUGGGUGGCGCUGUGGGUUAAACCACAGAGCCUAGGACUUGCCAAUCAGAAGGGCGGCGGUUCGAAUCCCCAUGACAGGGUGAGCUCCUGUUGCUCGGUCCCUGCUCCUGCCAACCUAGCAGUUCGAAAGCACGUCAAAAGUGCAAGUAGAUAAAUAGGUACCGCUCCGGCGGGAAGGUAAACGGCGUUUCCGUGCGCAGCUCUGGUUCACCAGAAGCGGCUUAGUCAUGCUGGCCACAUGACCCGGCAGCUGUACACCGCCUCCCUCGGCCAAUAAAGUGAGAUGAGCGCCGCAACCCCAGAGUUGGUCACGACUGGACCUAAUGGUCAGGGGUCCCUUUACCUUUUACCGUUACCUUAAGGAAGUGUAGUUCUGUUCCAAAACAACAUGGCAUACUUUUCCCUUCUAGAAAUCUAGCUGGCAAGAACAUCUUAUUUUCUUUCUGUGCAGCUUUUAGGGAUGAAGUUCAGAGUGGGCUUCUCCUGGCAGGAAUGGCAAGACCUUGUGAUUCCACAAACUUCAGAUCUGAUUCAGGAUCUGUUUCCAUUUCUGGAAGACAGAGUGGCAACGUCAUGUGCUGAAUUCUGCUCCAGCUGCAGCUUCCUUUUCUGUGCUUUGACAUUUACGUAUUCGAAUGCUGAGCAUUCAAAUAACUUCCCCCUCCUUCCUACGCCUCCCAAAGUUUCUGGUCCUUAUUGAGUUUAAGCUUAAGAAUGUUUGGGCAGUGCCCUCUGUUUUGUGAAAUCUCAGAUGCCAAGGGAAGGAAGGGCAGACGGAGUUGGAGCAUAACAUAAGUUUAAGCGCUUUGCAUUCGGUUUCCUGCAUUGUUCCCUGGGAGCAAAAUUAAGAACAUCAAUACAGAGAAACAAACACAUACAAAUGCAUUUAAUUUGCAUUGUCUGUUUUGUCUGAGGAAGCUUGGGGAGAUGGGUUGGCUCAGAAUGCUGAAUUACUCUGCCAUUUUAAAAAAAUACGCUGAAUUAACGUUGAUGCAGAAUUUUGAUUUGAUUAAAAAACACACCAUAAGGCCCUUCUACCUAAGCUGUCCGGCUGGAAGAGGAUGUGGGGAGGUUGCACCAGAAACGAGGACUUCUUCUGUCUUGCAGAUGGAUGCACUCAACCAGGAGGUUGCUGUCAGCCACGAAGCUCUUCAGGCAGCUCAGCAGAAGAUCACGGAGCUCAGGCGCCUGGCUCAGGCCUUGGAGAUUGAGCUGCAGUCUCUCCGCAGCAUGGUCAGUACCAGCCACUUCCCCAUGCUGCCAAGAGGCUGUGCAUCGGAAAGCAUCGCCAGAGUGAUGUGGAUUCCGUGGUUGCUCAUGUUUGCCAAGGAAUUUGGAAAUCUCUGUUUUCGCUUCCUCUUUUUUUAAACUAACGCAAAAUCAAGUUCUGGCCCUUAAGUCUGCUAUCACAGCCUCGACUGUCUAUGUGCAAUUUGGGUGUGUGGCGCUAUGGGUUGAACCACAGGGCCUAGGACUUGCCGAUCAGAAGGUCGGUGGUUUGAAUCCCUGUGAUGGGGUGAGCUCCCGUUGCUUGGUCCCUGCUCCUGCCAACCUAGCAGUUCGAAAGCACAUCAAAGUGCAAGUAGAUAAAUAGGUACCGCUCCGGCGGGAAGGUAAACGGCGUUUCCGUGCGCUGCUCUGGUUCGUCAGAAGUGGCUUAGUCCUGCUGGCCACAUGACCCGGAAGCUGUACGCCGGCUCCCUCGGCCAAUAAAGCGAGAUGAGCGCUGCAACCCCAGAGGCGGUCACGACUGGACCUAAUGGUCAGGGGUCCCUUUACCCUUUACCUUUAUGUGUGCAUGUGUGCAUUGGAACAGAGUUCCCAGUUAGAAGAGAGAGAGAGACAGAACUCCAGCACACUGUAUAUCUCUUAGUCUGUGUCAGGCUUGAGGAAUCCUCUCCCUCCCUCCCAAUGGCACCAAGAGGCAGGGAGGAAACAAGAAAGUUCUUACGUAUGAUUUAUUCAGUCAUCAUGCCAAAGACAAGGAAUUCCAGUCAUUCCUCCAUAAUGGAGUUGCUCGCACUGAGCUCCUCCCCCUUCCCCUUCUAGCAACAAUACCUGCUUCUACGGUGUCCAUCCACGGACAAUUGUCUCUCACUCUUUGUUCUUGCACCCUUAAUGAACUCCCGUCUUUUUGGGCUGGGGGGUCAGUUAUGUUGUCCAGAGACGUGUCAGUUAGCUGCUCUGGUUCCCCUCCACCUUCUCCUAACUCUGCCUAACUCUGCCGUUCACCUAUCUCUGAGCUGUUAUCUCCCUCCAAGCCCUCCUGUAAAUCAAGACUGCCUUCCUUCUCUCUGGAAGCUACAGGAGAAGGGGGUGAGGAGAUCCCUCACCAUUCUUCCUCCUCUUCAGUCAACUCCCUGACAGCCUGUGCCCAUGGCUAGGGGACACAUAAUUUAAUUCACACAAUGUAUGUGGGUCCCAGAAGGUGCCUUGGCACAGAAUUUAGGCAACUUUGGGGAAGUGAUUUGGUUUUGGAGAAGGAGAGUCGUCCGUCCCAUGUUCCCUUGUAAGCAUGAUAGGAGUGUGCAACCAUUCAUGUGUCCCUACAACUUUGGACACCAGAGAUUGGUUGAGGUGCUGUGGUGCCCUCAAGCCCUGAGCUCCUUGCAGGAAAGACAGGAUAUAUAAUAGAGAUAACAAAAGGACUCUGCCAAGGCACCCGGCCAUCUGCUUGGGACUUUCACAAAGCAACUUUGAAAUAUACUCAGAGUCGAGAGUGGAUCUCAUGCUCUUUAUUCAGCUCAUAGUGGUGAGGAGGAAUGAAUGUCCCCUCAAAGUAUCUGCUUUAUAUACAUUAUUUACACAAUGGGCUGCACGUGAUUGGCUAAUUCCGGAAUUCUCCUGUAGGCCAAUCAGGUUGUGGAUUCACUUCCAUCUGGAGCCGGAUUGGGUGGCUCCUGCAGACCAAUCAUACUGCUGCAUUGUUCUAGGACCAAUCAGACUGCUGCAUUUUGAUCCUAUUCAACUCAGUACAUAACAAACUUCCUUCUUUGUUUCCAGAAAGUGGCCCUGGAAGGUUCCCUGGCCGAGACUGAAUCCCGCUACGGGAUAGAGAUCUCGCGGCUGCGUGAUCUCGUGAGCGCCAGGGAGGCCGAGCUGUUCCAGCUCAGAUCUGAUGCCCAGAACCAAGCGGAGGACUACAAGCGACUGAUGGACAUCAAGAACAGGCUGGAGCAGGAGAUUGCUACCUAUCGGCACCUCAUUGAAGGGUAUGAGGAUUUGAGGGUGGGGAAAGCAAACAAGGGUCCAUCUUCCUGGACCUGCUGGUCACCAUCCCUUAUAUUUCUGAAGUUCAGGGGUGAGGGUGGAUCUUUAUGUCUCCGAAACAGGAGCCCCCCCAUGCAAGAGGGAGGUAGCAGCAGGUUCAGGGGAACUCCAGGGUUGGAAGAAGUGCAAAAGAUCUUUAGGGGAAACUAGCCUUAAGGCGAUUCCAAGUCUUUGGGAUCUUUUAACUGACCCAGUGGUCUUUUCUGCUCCCUUUAGGUCAGAGCCUGAGCCACCGCCUACCCCAGGUAAGCAGAAAAACUUGGCUUCUGGGCUGCCCAUUAGGAAAACCUGCAUAUCUUUGCAUACGUAGAAACUGCAAACCAGGACAUCAUAUCUUUCACAAAUGAAUUCAGUGGGACUUAUUCCCAUUUAAACGGGGCUAGGAAUGCAGCCCUAGUCUUUGGUCUAGAGUAAAACACACGGCACACCUAAAGUCCAUUGAUGAAAUCAGUGUAUGGUGAUUUCCCUGCACAAUAUAAAUAAAUCAGCCCAGAAUGAAUCAGAUCAUAGUAGUCAGUGUUUUUGAAACACCGUCUGCCCACCAGGGGGCAGCAUGUCCCCACUCCAAAUAGGAUGGCAGUGCAAUCUCUACCAACCUGGUCUUGCCUAUGAGCAUCAUAUGAGCAUCAUACCUGGAAGACUAUAUUAUACAGCCAACCAUAAAAGGAAGCCGUUUCCUUCUGCCAGCCCCUUGCAGUUACACAGUCUAGGACACAAGCUGAGAUCAGGAGUACGGCAGCACAACGGCUUGAGCAAGGGGGUCAAGCCACACGUCUGUAGAAGGAGAAGAGAAAACAAGCAAGCCAUCAGGCAUUGUCUAAGCAGUUUGUCCUGGGGUUGUGUGUGUGUGUGUGUUGGGGGACGGGGAAUCUUUCCAGACUCUAAAGACAGCCUGACUUGGAACAUGAGCCAAAGGGACAGGUCUCUCAAUAGCUUCAGUGCACACACUUCUCUGGAUUUUGCAUCGCAGUUCUCCAGCCAAGCGAUGUGUCAAAAAAUGCAUCUGCUGGGAUGACACGUGGACAGAAAUGCACACUGCAGUGGAAAUAGCACACGCCGAUGCACUGAUCAGAGGAAACCGCUUCGCAAAAAUAAAUAAAUGUGUGCAUUAGCCAAAAUUGCAUACAAACGUGCAGAUGGCUGGAGGAAUUCACACUAAAAUGCUGAUGGGUUUUCAUGAGGACUUAAAAAAGAAAAUAAAACUAUUCCCCCGCAAUUUGACAUGGCAAUGUGGACAACAACAACAACAACAACAACAACUCCUCAUUAUUUAUACCCUGCCCACCUGACUGGGUUUCUCCAGCCACUCUAGGCGGCUCCCAACAUAAUAUUUAAAACAUAAUAAAACAUCAAACAUUAAAAACCUCCCUGUACAAGGCUGCCUUCAGAUGUUUUCUAAAAGUCAGAUAGUUGUUUAUUUCCUUGACAUCUGAUGGGAGGGUGUUCCACAGGGCGGGUGCCACUACUGAGAAGGCCCUCUGCCUGGUUCCCUGUAGCUUCACUUCUCGCAGGGAGGGAACCACAAGAAGACCCUCGGAGCUGGACCUCUGUGUCUGGGCUGAACGAUGGGGGUGGAGACACUCCUUCAGAUAUACUGGGCCGAAGCCGUUUAGGGCUUUGAAGCUCAGCACCAACACUUUGAAUUGUGCCCGGAAACGUACUGGGAGCCAAUGUAGGUCUUUCAGAACUAGACUUAAGGCUGAAAAAAUGAGAAAAACUUAACUUGGCUGUUCUUCCCAUCCUUACAGAGCCCUGCUCGAGCCGCCGGGUGAAGACUCUCAUUGAAGAGCUGGUGGAUGGCAAGGUGGUCUCUUCCCGGGUGGAGGAGGUGGAGCACCAGCUCUGAAUGAGGCUGGCUUGGCCACAGAAAGGGCUGGCAGAAGACGGGUGAUGGUGGCGGGUGGCGCUGGGGCCACGAUUCUGCAUGACUUUUCCUGCCGAGCUGAUUAUAUACAUGCCCAGACUUCUGUCUUCAAAUAAAACGAGUCUUUCACUUCUG